UCAACCAAUCAGAAGCCGCCAGGCCCUCGCACAAAAGCUGGAGGGCCUUCGACAGACACCGCAGUCGUGCGCAAGUUGGAAAACAGUGAAGACGUGCCGCAGUAACCUCCAAGUUUCCCCCCCCUCCGAACUUCGUAAUCAUGUUUCAAAGCAGUAUGUUUUAUGGGCAACGCAAUGCUGCAUUGGAGACUCAGGAACGUGUACCAUGGGUAGCCCCUGACGACGCUGAAGGAAGUGAUGUCGACGUGAGCCCUUUGGACAUUGACAGUGAUGAUGACGACCCUACCUACGUUCCUGACGAAGGCCUUACUCAGGACGAUGCCUUUGACCCUCCUAACUCUAGAGCUCGCAAGGUCAAUGUUGUUGUCCCUCAAGCGAUGCCUAUGGAAGAGGAAGGUGAGCCUAACCCUAAGAGGUCUCGUGCUGAUGAAUGGAAGAAGGAAGACAUUGAUAUCCGUGCCUGCCCAACUUCAUUUCAUCAGAAGCCUGACUAUUUGAGGGAACCUUAUGAAUAUUUCUCCCAGUUCUUCACAACUGAAUUGAGGGAACACAUUGUGUAUCAAUCCAACCUGUACUCAAGACAGAAGGAUGUAGGCAGCAACUUCCACAUGUCAGAAGAGGAUCUCAUGGUUUUCCUUGGCCUCAUCGUGUACAUGGGCCUGGUUUCCUCUCCUAGCAUAGUUGACUUCUGGCCGUGA